UACUUUUUCCCCACACUCAGCUGCACGCUAACAUAAUUUAAUGUUAUGUUGAAAGGAGACCUAAUCCAGAAGGGAAAAAGAAAAAACGGAAAAAGAAAACCGCCCCCUUUUUUUUUUUGAUCGAAUGUUUUAUUUUUGAUUUGUUAUCUCAAUGUUUUGAAUGUUUCGAUCCAUUUGUUGUGGCCAUAGAUUGAUCAGCGAGCUACGGUUUUGUUUUUGUUGUUAUCGUGCAUAUUUGGUGUCGCCAUUGUGAUUUUUGGCUCUGAUUUGUGUAUUUAAUUUGAGGGCCUGUAAUUGUUUGGGGAGAAAUGGCAUCAAGUUUUGAUAGAUGGGAAAAAGAUCCGUUUUUCUCUGCUGCGGAGGAAGUUCAGGAAUCUGCCGACAGGAUGGAAUCGACUUAUAGAACAUGGAUUCAUGCAAAGAAGGAUGCCCUUGGCGCUUGGAAUUUGGAUGAGCUCCGGAGAGAUCUCCAAACAACCCUUGGCACUACCAAGUGGCAGCUGGAAGAAUUCGGGCGUGCUGUGAGAUCAAGUUAUACCAGUAGUAGUUCAGGUGAUGAUGCAAAAGAUAGGCAUCAUGAUUUCAUAAUUGCAAUCGAGGAUCAAAUAAUGAAAGUUGAAAGUACUUUAAAUGAACCGGCAGUAUCACAAGGGAAGCCACCAUUGCCUUGGGUGCGAUUAGAUGAAGGUGAACGAAAUGAGCUUGCGAUGUUUCUAUCAGGAAAACCAUCACAUUCCACAAAUAAAACCUUGGGAAAAGUUCAUGGUAAUAACCAGGGAGUGGAAAGCUCGCAAGAAGCUGAUCGGAUUAUGAUGAAUGAGUGUUCGAGGAGUUCAUCGAAUUUGGUUGAGUUGGAUGGGGUGGAGGCUAAGGAGGAGAAGUUUCCAGGGCAUCGUAGAACAGCUAGUGCUAGUGCUGAAAUUGGCUCCUGGAAGAUUGUAGUGGCUGAUGAUGCUUCGCCACAUGAGUCAUCCAGUGUAAGACCUGAUCCACCACCUCGAAAGAUACCCAGUUUUUCAGGGUUUUUAAAUACCAUGGAAUCAUCCAUGUCUCAAUUGAAGUGGUCAAAGAAUGGUUACAAGAAAUUAAAGCUCACAGACCGGCAUGAAGAAGCUGAUAGUACAUUACCCAGAUCUCAGAAUUUGACUAGAGGCAUCAACAUAUGCUACGAAAAGAGUAAGAGUUGUCUUGAUGGUUGUGAUGAUUAUGACAAGCAACUGUAUGGUUGGUAUGGUACCAUCCAGAGACAACUUCAGAGGUCGCAAUAUCAUGUGCAAUAUAGUCGACCUGUUCAAGUUGUGUUCUCCAUUAUUCUCCUCCUUUGCUUGCUUGUUUUAUUGGCUCUGCGUGCAAUCUGAGAAGGAGAUUGUUUAUUCAUUCUGAUUGCGCAAUUCAUCUAAGGUUAAAAUUGGACGGUUGCUAUCUUGUUCCUUAUCACCUGACUUAGAUAGGUGCUUUGUUGUCUUCAUAGAAUGACUUUUAUGGAUAACUGUAAUUUGGUUUUGAGGACUGCACCAUACCUGCUCUGUUAACACCCAUCAGCAGUCCCAACAACCUGGUUUUCUUGCUUCCAGGUUUUGUAGUUCUUCUGGUAGCCAAUAAGCUUUGUUUGUACUACCGUAUCCACUUGGGAAAGGCUUACACAAUGUUCUGUUGUAUUUUCCGCACUUCAUCCCUAUAAAAUAUCCUUUCUCCCCAUUGUAUUCAGCUGCCGUUGCACCAUGUUAGUUGUAACAUUAAUCUUGGUAGCUUUUUCCA